UGGUGCGCACCGAUCAUUGAUUAACAAGCGUGAUGCAAAAUGAGGCACAUCUACAGCAUCUAAGCAGGAAAAAAUAACGAAAAAUAAGUAUUUAACAGGUUUUUGUUUAUUUUAGAGUUGGAAAGCGAAACAAUUGCCUCUGUCAGAAGGACUAUGGAUGCCGAGUUGUUUUUUUUUUUUUUACCACUUUAAAGGUUUAGACGAUAAUUGACAAACGCUCUGAAUCGAACUUACAUUAACCCUAGAGACAAUUUUAAUUAAAAAAACAUGGAUCUUUAUGCGCAAAAUGAGACCUUCUCUUCCCCAGAGUGCGUCAGACCGCAGACUGAUGCGCUGCAGAACGGAGCCGGUAACGGGAGCUUGGAGACAUCAAACAUCACCUGCAGCAACGUUUCCACACUCCUCACACCUAAGCGUGCAAGGCACAAAGAUGAAGACCACACACUGCGGAUUCUGCUCUACUCACUGAUCUUUUUCCUGAGCGUGUUUGGCAACCUGCUGAUUAUUCUGGUGCUGACAGUCAAUAAGCGCAUGCGCACCGUGACAAACACCUUCCUGCUGUCGCUCGCCGUCAGUGACCUGAUGAUGGCCGUUUUCUGUAUGCCUUUCACCCUCAUCCCCAGCAUCCUCAAGAACUUCAUCUUUGGAGCGGCCAUGUGCAAGAUAGUCUCCUACCUAAUGGGAAUAUCUGUGAGCAUCUCCACAUUCAGCCUGGUUGCUAUAGCUAUCGAGCGGUACAGCGCCAUCUGUAACCCCUUGAAGUCACGGGUGUGGCAGACCCGCUCCCAUGCCUAUCGGGUGAUUGCUGCUACCUGGGUGCUGGCCUUCGUCAUCAUGAUCCCCUACCCAGUUAUCAGCAACUUGGAUUCUUUUCAGCGUGCUGACAACACCACUGCUCACCAGUGCCGCCCCAAGUGGCCCCUCGCUACCGCCGAGCAGGCCUGGUACAUUCUUCUGCUGCUUGUGCUGUUUGCAAUCCCAGGGCUGGUGAUGAUUGUAGCCUAUGGACUGAUCUCCAGGGAACUUUACAGAGGCAUCCAGUUUGAGAUGGACCACAAAAAAGACUCUACUGAGGAGAGAAAGGAUGUAGAUGGACGGGAACAGAAAGAUUGUUCAAGCUUUUGGAAAAUAAGACUUGGACUUCAUAAAAAUGCGAAGGUGACCCAUGAAGAUGUGAAGAAUGGACUGACCCCCGCUGUGUCUAGCGGCAGUGAUGAUGGCGAUGGCUGCUACGUUAAUGUCGUCCGGCGACCGCACUCUAAGGUGUCCACCAUGGCUACAUCUGUCAGGGCAAAUAAGGCAGAGAGACCGCGUAGCAACACAUCUGAAGCUAAGCUGGAGGCCAAAAAGCGAGUAAUCCGCAUGCUGGUGGUCAUUGUUGUCCUUUUCUUCCUCUGCUGGAUGCCGCUGUACUGUGUCAACACCUGGAGAGCGUUCGAUGACAUCUCGGCCAAACAUGCCCUCACAGGCGCUCCCAUCGCUUUCAUCCAUUUGCUGUGUUACACUUCUGCCUGCGUCAACCCUAUUAUUUACUGCUUCAUGAACACACGUUUCCGCAAAGCUCUGCUAGCCACGUUCUCGUGCUGUGCAUCACCUUGCAAUCGCCGUCGCCACCAUGGGCUACGGGACAACGAGGAGGAUGUUAUGGCAACGGGGGCGUCUAUGUCCAAGUUUAGUUAUACUACAGUCAGCACCAUGGGAACCUGCUGAGGCAGAUCGACGAAGCCACAAUCCAGAGGAGACAGUUACUACGGCAACACAGCACCCUGCAUCCUGUGUUUUUAUGACAAUUCUGCGCUCAUGAGGACAGACAUGGAAAAAACAGGCCAAACAGAUAGAAGUAUAGAAACAUCACUCAUUACUGAGACUAAAGUUAUAUAUGUAUAUGAGUUACACAUAGAUUAUUUAAUGAAACCCAGUCCAACAUACAUAGAUACUGUAUGUUUAAAAAAGCACAAAAAAAUACAGUUAUGUCUUGUUGGACUGCACCAAGGCUAAUUGUAUGCUUAGAUGUUUGUGUGUGUGUGUGUGUGUGUGUGUGUGUGUGUGUGUGUGUGUGUGUGUGUGUGUGUGUGUGUGUGUGUGUGUGUGUGUGUGUGUGUGUGUGUGUGUGUGUGUGUGUGUGUGUGUGUGUGUGGUGGGCUUGGCUGUAUGAUUAUGUUCUGGUGGCAGCUUAACAACUUACUAGUGAUUGUGUAGCUAUACAAAUAGGAAGGCAGUGUGCUAUGUCAUUUUUAACUGGGUUUUAUACUUUGCUGUUAGUUGUUUAUCCAAGUUUAUGAUGGUAAUGCAAUUGCCUUGUGGACUAAGUGCCUGGUUCUUAAUACUAUGUUAUAUCUGUCUUCUGUUGAUGAGUCUCAUUCAUCACAAGCACCGUAAUCACAGGCAGAUUGAAACCUCGAUGGUUGUGGAAGUUGUGUUUAAAGACACAAAGUGAAAAUCCUCAUCAGAAUAUACAGUAGGUCUCUCCUGACGGGACCUGAUAUAUGAGCGUGUUGUCAGUUCUACAUGGUUCCACGGUUUGCAGAAAAUACUUGUAUAGGUGGAUAAAUAGCUAAGAUAAGGACAUUGGUGAUGCCUUGUGUAGUGGUUAUAAUCUGUAAUGCUUGCCACCUAUGUAUUCUUUCUUAUUUUUAGAGCCGGUUUUGUCUGCGUAUGCUGCAAUGUUAGUUAUUAAUGUACGUCAGUGCAGUUUUACAUGGUAGCAAAUGUGAGAACAUUGACUUGACUCUGGUUGACUUGAACAUGUGUUUCUUUUUCAUUUGAGGGAAUUUAGUUUGAGGGUAGUACAUAAUACCCAUCACUUUGUGGAGAACAUCUGGAUUGAAAUCUUGGUCAGAGUACAAGAGAAAAUACUGCAUACUGGAAUUAAAAAAAAGAUAACAAAUGUAAUAAAGUUCACCAGGAGCAGGCUCUAGAAUUAAACAGUAAAUGGUACUCAUAGGAUUUUAUUAGUUACCAUAUCCGCGCUGUAUGACAGCAUGAAAGGCUUUUUUUUUAUGAACACUGUUCCCUUCAGCCUGACAGUUAUUGAGGGUUAAGCCACAACAAAUAAGUUCACUGAGAAUUCAAAAACUUGCAGUCCCUGUGAACCCACCCGCAGGCGACAAAAUGGCAGCCGGGUUUCAGAGGUCUCUGUUUGUUGUGGCCUGUCUGGCGUGUCUGACUCUGUCUCCCCUGCUCACCUCACAGUAAUUGUGUUACAACCCGAACCCUGCCAGGCUGAGUGCACCAAAGCACAAUGCUGUCAGCCUCUCAAAUACUAAUAGAUGAAUAGCUUGCCUUACUGAGCUUUUUUUUUUUCAUGUUCUAGAUUGACUUUCAGCUUUUCUGCGUUUAUUGUGUGCACCUUUUCCUUUGUGUUUAAAAUAUAAAUCAUACUGAAGUCUUGCUAGACUCAACUACAGAAAGACAGACUCUAUUCAGCCAAAACUUCAAUCUGUAUAAUGUAAAAUACAGCAGGAAAAAAGCUUAUUGACAAACAGCUCCUGCUCCUGUUGCUUUAUACUGAGACAACUUUACCAUCACGUGUGUCCAGUGUCAAGCUUAUGUCAAGUGAUGAGGGACAGCCAGAACAUAACAUAUAACCUCCCUUUGUCUCACUGUGCAGACCCAGGCCCUAUCAUCUUUAAACACAAGAGGCACACAUUCAUCUAUCUGAUCCCAUUGUCUCUGGGCUUGACGGGUCUGUACUGAAAAGCCUUUGUAUGAAUGGCUUAUGAAUCAUACUCUAAUAUGAACCGGCAGUGAAAAAAUACAAGAUCAAUUGUAUUUCUGUGUUCUGAUCACAAAUUCAUACUGUGAAAGCAGAUUUUUAAUUUGUCACAGUGAUUGAAGUUCCCCUGCAGUAAAAAGGCAGAGAGGAGGUCAUUAUGUGUCUGCUAUUGCGUUUCUCAGAAACAGAAAUACUGUUACACCGGCAUGUUUAUCAGUGAUAGGUGGAGAGUAUUUUUUUUUCACAGAGAGCCGUGAGAAGCUGAUUUCCCUGCAGUGUCAUAGAAGCCGUUUGACGUUAUGACUUGCUCCCCAAUCCACAUCACCUCAUCCAGUUGUUACAAACACACACACACACCUAGAAAGUACUCCAGCUUAAACUGGUUAUUAUGCACUGGCUCCCAACGAAUUACAAACAUGUUCCAAUAAUUAUUUUUCCAAGGGGGGGCUAUGGUUUAAAAACUGCAAGAGUUAAAAUCUUUUGUAUUCACCAAACACAGAGAAUACCCGCCCAUCUGUAGAGUUUCCCCUCACAAAGAGGUUUUGCAUGUUUUGUAUGAUUUCUUUUGCUUUUCCAGCCCAUAAUCCUGCACUUAUCAACUAGAGACAGCUGGCAGUGUUUUUCCUAAAAGAAAAAUAAAAGAAAAAAACUGCUCAGCACCAAACAGCAAACAGCAAACAGCAAACAGACAACGAUAGUGUUUAUUUGUUGAACAUAGAGGAGAAUAAAUAUUAAAAUAUCAAAUAUUUGGUGAAGACCAAAACAAUGUAUAUAAGCCAGCUGUUUGCUGACAUGUUACCUUACUAAUUAAGAUGAUACUAUAUCGAUGUUGUGUUUGAAGCUUGUUCUUCUUCACCUCAAACAAGUUAGUUUUGAAAUAAAACAUGUAAUAUAUCUCAAAAGCUGGACAAAAAAAAUGUGUUUUUGUUUCUCUGAGACUACAUCACAAUGAAUACUGUGGUUUCUAAACAUAAAACUCAUUAUAAAGAGGGUAAAAGUGUCGGCCGACUGCUAUCAGGGAUCCUCCUCACGUUCACACGAGUAAUCAAUCAUGUUCAGACAAGGUAGCCUUUAUAAACUGACAAGCACUCGCUCUUGUUUGUGAUUAUUAUGCACCUGCUGCAGGUUAAACUACUCUCUUUUCACAAAGACUACAUAAAGCUGUCAUUGGUUGUGUUGAUUGAUAUUUUUCCCGCUACCACCCUGGUCUUUUCAUUGUUAUAGCUUCCUAUCACCAUGCUUGAGGAGGGCAUAUACCUUGAGCAUUAUGUGUGCCCAUUUCUCAGUUUCUGUUGGGCUGUCAGGGGCUUUAUUGGAUUCUCUGAAGCUCUCACCGCUGUUUGGAUUUCAAAGUACCUUUAUGAUCUUUACCAAAUAAAAGUGUAACCAUUUGUUACACUGCUCGUGGAUGAUAAGUACGCCGUCCACAGGUGUUGCAGAUAGAGCCGUUGGGACACAAGUCUUGGCAGGGUCAUAAUUGAUUAAUGAGAGCAAAGCUGGUAUUUCAGGAGUUCACAGUUGCCUGAAUUGGCUGCACAGGCAGGUGUGUUCAUGACACAUCCACUCAGCAGUGCUAAAAUAAGGAAUGAUGAAGUUUGGUCUGAAUUGUAUUGUUACUCUUUGUAUUGUGAUCGUUGGUAUUGCUUUUAACUUAUUUCCAUUUAACUGAAGGUUUUUGUUUAUGAGGUUAUUUCUGCAGUAGCAAAUCUUUUCUGAAUGUCAUAUGGACCUUUAAAGUUGUGUCCACUGCAACAAGUAGACCAGAGGUAGGAUCAAUCCUAGAAAAAGUGUGUGCUUAUGGUAAAUUGAUUUACAACAACAUAUUAUUAUCAUCAUUAAUUAUUAUUAUCAACUGAGAAAGAAAGCACUAAAAGUAGAGGGCCUUUUUCAAGAUGCCCACAACAUUAGUUCAUAAUGCAGGACCUUCCUUUGUUGAUUUUGUACUUUCGUGGUGCAUCAUUUGCUAACACAUUUUUAAUUAUUCAAAUUACUAUAGCCACACGGUACAUUUGGGGACCAAACAGGGUCUGGAGACCCAGGAUAGUUUCCAGCUUGGAAGUGCUUGUACACAUUUAAUUGUGAAAUAAGAAGCUCUGUUCUGGAACGAGAAAGGGUUCAUUUUCCGAUGUGUCCACCAUAACACAAUGCUGCCUUUUUCUAAAGGCUGUCAAAAACAUCUUUGUUGUUGAGUCUACGAGACGGGGAGAAUUGAGAAGCCCUCGUUCACAUGUGCAGGAAGUGGCUCUGUGAGUUAUGUUUUUUAAUAGUCUUCAGAAUUGUAUAAGAAAUAUGUGUCAGUCACUUCCGCCAUUAUAUCAAUAAGAUCCAUGCAGUGUGAGUGCAGGAAUAAUAUCGUGGAACAUAAUCAUGAGGAUUUUAGAUUGUGUCGUCUGGGUAUUGUUUCAUUACUGAGGAUAUUUACCGUCUCUGGGGUGGAUUUAGGAUUAGUGCAGCCAUCAUCCUGUGAAUGUCAGUGACAAUAUGUGGUGACACAAGUCUUGCUCAGCAACAUGCAAAUAUGAAUUGUACCUGCUCCAAUCUGUGCUCAUAUCUGCUCAUCUGUAUCCUUAUUGAUAUGCACAGUAUAGUAGUAUCUUAAUAGUACAUAAAUAAGGUGUGACAAUAUGAAACUAAUUAUUCUCUUGUAUAUUUGUGUGUUUUGUGUUGGAAAGACCUGAUCUUGUGUUUCAGUGAUCUGUCAUGUUCCAUGUUCCCAAGCAACUUGUUUAGGCCGCAGGCCAAUUGCGGGUGAACAUGGAUGAAGGGUUAGAGAAGCAUACAGGGGUGAAUUUUAGAUCUGCUCCAACGGCCACAGUUGCCAGGCCACCAUUGCCUUAAGUGUGUUUUGAGUGUACUGUAUGUGUAUGUCUGUGUGUGCAUGUGUGUAUGUCCUUCAUGCAUUUAAUGUGCGCAUACUUGAGUCACUGUUGUUUGAGGGGAAAUGAGAGCUGGAGAUGAAUACAUUUGGCAGCCUCGUUUCCCCUUCUACGAAAAAGACAUGAUGCUUAGAGUGACAAUUGUCCUUCCUGAAACAGUGACAUCUUUGAGAAAACAAUCUGUGAAAAAUAGUAGUUGUGUUUCUCUUGGCUGCUGUCCAUGCUGUUAUCUUGACAUGUGUUUUUGUGCUGCUAUGAUGCUAAAAAGGCCUUUGGUGUUGACUUGUGCUUUGGAAUGUGUAGUUUUCCACUCUGGUUUAUGCUCUCGAUGGAGGAGGUUCAACAGGUCUACCUCCCUUAUGAUAGAGCAGAUUCAUUGUUAUUAUGAUUGUCAUUACAGACACUAUUUGUUUUUCUGACAUGAUACACAGAAGCGUGCUAUCUCUCGGCAUGAGGAUCAUCUGGAUAGCAUUUGUAUAUUCUAAGUACGGAAAAGUGCGCGCGUGUUCGUCAACGUAGGAGCCAUCAUUAUAAAGUGGAGGCUCAUUUUUAGCCAUUCGUUACAUGCGAUCCUAGAAAUGUAAUGCUGGUUGCUAAGGCUUUCCUAACUGAUGAUCCUCAUGACAGACAGAUGCACAUUUCAUUUUUUCUAGUCUGUCUCUGUGUCUCUGUGUCUCUGUCUCUCUCAUGCACAGACAUGCGGGUGACUAUCCAGCUGGUAGGCUUUUUUCUGUCCUGUUCUGUAAUUCUAAUAAAGUCUCUAUGUAAAAUCUA